AUCAAUUGCGGUCUACUCUUUAUUAUGAAGUCCUUGCUUUCUCCGACACUCGUUUUCUUUAUUUCGAUGGCUUAUUGAAAUGGCAGUGUUUUACAUGGCUAACGGGAGAGAAUGUUUGCUCUAGGAGAAAGUAAGAAAUGUGUUAUUCGGGGUCACGGAUCGGUCUUAAACAAAUAAAGACAUGGAUAAUUACCAGUCAACAGUGUAUCAAGACAGGGAAUUGCUGGCAAAUGCAAACGUCUUACAGUGUAAUGUGCAACAUGAAAGUGUAAAGCACGCGAAAAUACUUUGUGUUACUUAUCACCACCAACCAGUUGCCAGAUCAUCAUCUGAAGGAACCACGCUCAAGGUCAUUAUGAAAUUAAAAACCCGGAUUAACCUACUGCUCUGUGGAAUUCUGUUAGCUCUGGUGUACUACACCUUAAACAAUGCCAGAUUUCUGGAAGAGUAUACGAAAACUAGGAACGCUGUGUGGAUGUAUAAAGGCGAGAUACGCUUAAAAACUCAUCGCAGUGAUUCUGCAGAUAAUGACAGUGCAUUUUCUUCUGUCUGGGAGAAUGAUACGGAAAGUGAUAGUGAAUGGAACGACGCAUACGAGACCGAAAGUGAAGAGAAUAGUACUGUUCGGGCACCUGAAGGAAGACGGGUAGAAAAAAAUCCGAGGGGCGGAAUUUCUAGUGGCGUUAUUCACAGGACGGUUUCGGUUUCAUCCCGUAGCGAACCCGUUGUAAUUAUCAUCCUCGCCCAGUGGAGAUUCGGCUCAAGUGUCAUCGGUGAGCUCUUCAACCAGAACCAUGGUAUUUUCUUUAUGUUUGAACCGCUAUGGGUGGUGGAGAAGAUGGUAACACUAUGGCGUUUACCUGGGCCAUUCGCUCCGGAAACCUAUUUCUACCAGACGAAGGUCAUGAGGGACUUCGCCAAGUGUGAUUUUAGCGAUGAAUUCAUUGGUGUUGUUAACCUGACGAACCACUGGGGAGGAAGGUUGCUCAACCGUGCAAUUUGCAAGAGAACAGGUAACGGGUGUAAAAUCCCUAAUGCAGAGUGGUUGAGUAACGUCUGUAAGAGUUUCGAAGGUCAUCUUGCUGCUAAGCUGAUCCGUGGUGACUUCGACACCAUUAAACCCCUCGUCGUAGACGACCACGUCAACGUGAAAGUGAUCCAUCUAGUUCGUGAUCCUCGCGGCUCUGCAGCAUCUCGAAUAAAUUACCUGUAUAACUUCGCAAAGAACAGAAAGGCCCAUCCCAAAUACUCUAAAGUCGGUCGCCUGGAGCCGCUCCAACUUUUUAACUUUGAUAUAAUGCACAGCGACUCCAUCGUAGGCAUGUGUAGAUGGUUGCGGGAGACGACAAAUACUUCUGCAAAGACAUCAGACUGGCUCAUUGACCGCUACUAUCUGUUGAAGUACGAGGAUUUCGCAAAUGAUCCGAUUAGAAUAACGGAAGACCUGUACAAUUUCGCAGGACUUCAACUCCCGCACAGCGUGAAGAAAUGGGUCUCCCAAAACACGCAGGCGAAAAGUAGUGCUCAAGGAACAUUCGCCAUGAAGAAAAAUUCAAAUCUUACAGCGACACAUUGGAUGCAUGAUCUAGGUUAUAUUGAGAUCCAGCAGAUAGAAGCUGAAUGCUCAGAUGUAAUGAAAAAAUUAGGUUAUGAGCUUUAUGAUAAUUUACAGCAUUGAUGGUAGGCUUGUGUAAAAUAGUUAUUUAUUCAAUAUUUAUACGAAAUAAUCUACUAUUUCAUCAACUUUUCUGUAUAAGUGGCUACGAGUAUUAUGUUGUCGAUCUGCUACUGCUGCAGUUUCUAGGAUUAUGUUCCAAACUUCUAUAUCCCUACCAAUAAAAGUAAAAAUAUUAUUAAGAUGUAGGCCUAUUGAUCAGUUCUCUUGUUUGCAAACUAACGCUCAUUUAGUGUUCGAGACUCGAGUGACUGGCCAAGACCUGGGACCUGCAAGUUGAACUCCGUAACUCCUUAAGUCAAACGACACUUUAUUUCCAACCAAUCAGAAGGCGCAAUUAGGACUUCUAUUCGAUUCUUUGAAUUGCUUUUAAGUACAAAUUUCUUCAUAUGGCCCCUGUAUACAUGCGAAUAGAAAAUAUAAAGAUUAUUAAAGGUCAUCCCAAUAAAAGUUGAUUUGAAUAUACGGAGGAAAAUCAAACAAACAUAAUAUAGCGCUGAAAAAUUUAGCACGAUCGGAUAAGAAAAUAAGGGCAUUUCAAAGCCACGUGGUCUAAGGCGCCCGACUGCACGAUGAAUGUCCGGGAUUGAUUCCCUGCAUGGCAUUCAUUAUCUACAUUGCUCUUUUAUCUUGCAUCAACUAAAUGAAAAUGAUUCAUGUAUUAUUGAUACGAACGUGUGUACAUGUUAAAAAGAAAGAGUCGCUUAAUUACGAGCACAUCCUGGUUGGUAUGGAAAUGAUGGCAUCGAUGAUGUCACCCACUCACUAAUUCUUUUGUAUAACAUUUUAUGAUAUAAUAUUCGAAUUGAACGAUGAAACAAACUUUGAUUUCUCCCGUAACAUAUGGAAUUCAUGUGAUCCAAUAAAGGGUAUUAUAUUGU